UCGCGCUUUCGAUCUCAACGGCAGCUUCACACCCCGUAUAAUACCGAUCAGACGCGUUCCUUCUGUGUAUUAACGAAGAGCUUUAGAUGUUGAGCUAAAGCUAUAACAAACAGUUCGGCGAGAUUAGGAAAUAAAAUAUAAAUAAGUUAGUUGAGUAUCUCAACAUUAUGAGUACAGACUGAUUUGUCACAACGUGCACGGGACACACGUGUUCGUAUACCUUUAUGGUACCACGCGCAGGCUACGUUUGACACUGUAGACGGGUCAAAGCAAAUUCAACUGGUGUUCUGGUGUAUACUGAUAUGCUGAAGCUAAGAAUACGGUAUAUAAUAUCCCAGAAGAGUCAUAUGAUAAUUUCAUCGGAUGAUAUGUGAACAUACAAAUCGAAUAAUCCAGCUUUUCUGUCAUCUGCCAUCUAUACAGUCUUAAGGAAAGCUUAAUAAUUGUUUAUGAAGACACUGCAACAGCGUAAUCUGCUAAAACCAAAACGUGGAACUUGCUGGUUUACAGAAUUCGAUAAGUAAGUCAAAUUUUUUCAGUGCUUUGCCCAUGGUAGAAGUAUCCUAACACAGCACAUUAAGGGUAAUCAAUGACGUCACAGGGGCUAUUCCGUUUAUGGAACUAGCCGGUCUCUCUGCUCUAUGAUAUAUAAAAACACGCAGAAAACUAUGGUGGUAGAAGAAGAGAAAGUCAACACCAGGCGUAAGCUUCCUGCGUUGAAGGUCCUAGCGAAGCCGCUUCCGCCACCUGUUGUCGUAAUAACUAGUGAAAUAGACUCUAGUAGAGGUAACACUAGAACUGAAGAGACAUCUGGUGAGACGAAGAACGAGGAAUUAUCUACAUCAUACCAAUCGACAGCUAUAGAUAUACUAGCUAAUGGGGUAUGUCAAGCAGGAAAUUUAAACCCUUUCGCGAUGUCGUCAUUACGCCCGCAUGCGCAAGACAGCUUGGCGGUUAUGCCGACUUGUGAAACUGCUGAUAAUGAAGAAAAUGUUACAGGUGAAAAUCAGGACGAUCCCGAGGACAUUGUAAAUGAGUCCCAAAACGACGGAGCCAAACAAAAUUGUUUGAGGGAACAAACACAGAUAAUCAGCAUCGGAAUGUUCCUAAUGGUCUUAUUGGCCACUUGCUGGGUGAGCGUGGCUCAUUUGCUCAAUUCCACCUAUCUAAAUAACGUUUACGUCAGAGUAUUGGUGCCUAAUUCUUCAAGUCCAGCUGGUAGUGAAAAGGGGAGUUCGACUAUAGCACAUGCACCAACGAUGACGUCAUCCUCCUACGAUGCGCCCUUCUUUACCACCUGGUUUUGCACCAUUUGGAAUGCCUUCUUCUUCCCGGUUUAUAUGGGAGCGAGGCUUUGCUCACGUACGCCACCUACUGCUUGCAGCAAAGUGCUAAAAGAGUGCGUGCAAGGGUUUCGAGAAAAAGGUUUCACCGUUGUCCAGUUUCUUGGCCGCUGUGGGCUGUUCUGUCUGCUGUGGGUCGUCACAAACUAUAUGUUUAUCCAUUCAUUAAGAAUCCUUGACACGACUGUCGUAGUUGCGCUAUAUUCGUCAAGCGUCUCUUUUGUGUACUUGCUGUCUUGGGUUGUGCUUCACGAACAAUUUGUGGGAAUUAGGAUAGUGGCAGUGAUCCUAUGCAAUACAGGUAUUUCACUCUUGGCUUAUAUGGAUGGAGCUUCCAGGACUUUAACACUAGGAGGCGUUAUUCUAGCGUCAGCAUCAGCGGUUGGUUCUGCAGUAUACAAGGUGUUUUUCAAGAAGUUCAUAGGUGAGGUAACCUUUGGUCAGCUUUCGCUGUUUUUCACUAUUAUUGGUUUAUUCAACGCUUUGCUAAUAUGGCCUCUUUUUGUUGGCUUAUACUUCACUCAUGCUGAAACCAUUUUUUGGAAUCAACUUCCAUGGCCUUUACUAGGUGGCGCUGCAUCCCUAUCAUUGGUGGCCAAUCUUUUGGGUAACUUCGGAGUCUUAUGGACGUACGAAGUAUUCUUAACCCUUGGUCUAGUUUUGGCAGUUCCAGUUUCCGCAGUUAUUGACAUCCGGGUGUAUGGAGUGGUGUUCAGGGGUAUGAAACUGGUAGGAGUCAUUCUCAUUAACAUCGGUUUCCUGCUGGUACUGUCACCUAGCAACUGGCCCGACUACCUUAGUAAGAUGUUGUUGACGCGAAAGAGGACCUUCAAGAAAAAACCUGAAAAAAACUCGGAGCUCGAGACGUCUAAAGGCCAAAAAUCACGUCUGAGGACCCUCAGUGGACACGUGAAAUAAAACUAUUUUGAUAUAAAAAUCGGUAAAAAAUCAAAUGUAAGAGAUAGAGGCGUGACAAAAUUUAUCAAACUGUAUAAAUUUCAAAGUAACCAUUUAACCACUAAGUAACAGGCUGACUUAAACUGCCUUUUUCUCCAAAAUUAUCAUUAUUGAAAUACUUCCACUGAUCACAUUACCUGCUAGAUAAAGUUACUUUUCUUGAUAAACUAUACAAAGAAACGAAAUGAAAAACGUUUUGAUACUUUUAAUUUCAAAACUAUUUUUCUUUCCAGAAAAGGAAAUAAGAAUUCUCUUUGGGAUGGCUUUCUACUUUGCUCAACUAAUUUUGUAAGGAAAGUACAGAGAGAAAGAGUAGAGAAUGAAGUUCCUCUUUUGAUUAAUUUUUACAUUUUUCGAUUUACCACAUAAAAACAGGAUAUAUUUCUUAUUCAUUUUAUUUUACAGAUAUAAGAAAUUCACUUAACAAUUAAUGUACUUGAUUUUCUUGUUCAAAGCAAGGCAAUGAACAGUUUACUUUGGACGACAAUGUUAAUUCCAAACUGCUAACUGUAACAGUAAAUGUUGUAUAAAGGGAGUCCUAUUUCUUCAAUGGUCAGUAAUAUACAAAUGUAGUGUGAAUUCUGCUAAGAUUAUUUAGGAUUUUACAGUCAAUAAAUAUUUUGUCCUGCAACUAGAACUUAUUUUAAUUUCAUAAAAAAAACAAAUACUACAGCGAAACUGUACAUCAAGAUGUCUUUACAGUUACCCACUUGUACUAUGAAAUGAAGGCUAACGACAGCUGUAAAUUUACCAAACAUAUUUUAGUUGUUUUUUUUUUUCAGUGUUAUUUACAAAUCAU